AUGCUUCUCGAUAUUGAGGAAGGAGAACAUAAUUGGUGUCGAUAUAUUUUCAAAUUCACCAUCGAUCUUCAAUACGUAGCUAAAAUCGAAGGUCCAAAAUGGAUGAGGAACGAGACGGUGAUCAGCGAACGCCUUAGCAUCGCUCAUACAGACUAUAUCUACCUUUGUGUAUGUGGAGAGAUAUUUUCUUCACUGUACGAGCUCACUCCAGUUGGGCAGUGGACCGAGUUACAGUAUCGUCUUUCUGAAAGCUAUACCGAUAUGCUAGCGUUCGCCGUCGUUGGCCCCAUCACACAAAUACUUGUAGUAGAAGGGAAUAAACAUUACGUGCUGAUGUUUUCGGUGCGUGACUCUGAAGUAGUUGAUCGUCGUCGCAUCGCUGUAUGCGAGAGACCGGGAGCUCUAGCAAGAGACGAAGCAGGACGCCUUUUCGUAGCAAACCGCGCAGCAGCGGCUAUUCAACUGGUGGAUACUGUUCGAUGGUCGGCAGCCCGUAAUGUCGCACUGGCCGAUGCCGUAGUACCACAUUUCUCUGCCUCAUGGGGUUUGCUGGCCAUACCUCUGAAAGGCGCCAUUCGCCUACAUCGGUACUCUUUUCGAUUCGGUGUAAAUAGAUGA